AUGAACACUGCUGGGUUCAAAGCUGCUGGCUGGCGACCGAAUCCCGCGAAUAUAAAACGUACGCAUUCCCCGCCAAUACCGACUGCGAUAGCAUCCGAGUACUUCCAAGCACCACCGAGAUCUAUCAGUUUGGGCCAAAAUGGGCUCGAGGACGAUGUUGAGGAAGGCGGAAUGGUCACAGGUGGAGGAGUGGAUACAGUUGGACCUGGCAUUGCUACUAAGAGACGACGCAGACGAGAACAGAUGGAGGAGGAAGAUAGCAGUGAUUUAAGUGAUGAGAGCGACGAUGAAGGCGACCAGCGAGCUGCACAGCAGAUCAAGUUUUCCAAGAUGCCAAUUCGGAACCGCUCGGGCUCUUCACCACUUCGUGGCUCGAAUUUGCGACAAUCUUCAACGGUUACGUCGCCAUCACGGACGCCAGGUGGCCAGGCUAGAAGAGGUUCUCAAUCGGCAUUAGAAGCAGUGAAGGAACGUGCGAGGAGAGAUACUGUCACUAGCAGUGAGAUGUCAUCUGAGAACGAGUUCGAUGCAUCUGCUUUUCAACGGCAGCGGGAUGCUUCGAGGAAUGCUGCAAAAGCUAGUAGGGCUCUCGCACGGCAUACUUCGGAUCCCAAUGUGGGAGUGAAGAGGCAGCAGAGUGAUUUGCUUGAGGAGGAAGAGGAGGACUCGGAUGGAUCCGAGUCAGGAAUGGAUUCUGAUUUCGUUGGAAGUAUUGACUCAGCAUCUAUUAUUGAUGGUGUAGAUGCUCCUGUCAACGCCUCACCUACUCAUGUUGUCGGUACUAUGCCUAGAGGUCUGCAGCGGUCUCCAACGAAGAAGUCAAAGCCCGCACCACCUGUUCUGCAAGCGCUUCCGCCACCAAGACCGAUUAGCAUGAUCCAGCCUAAAAGUCUUCUUUCUGCUGCCAUCAAGGCCAAACGAACCAAGGCUUCGAUGCCGUUCGAGUCAUUCGCAUCUUUAUCUGGUCAAGGAGAACCAAACCCAUUGAAUCUCAGGAUCUGGGCUCCGUUCGCAACAUCUACAAGCAAACCUUUUGAGGUCAUUAUUCGCAGAAGUGUUCAUGAGAACGAGGCUAAUGACAGACCUGUCGCGGUAGCGGAUUUGAUUGGACUAAGUCUUUGGAGAUAUACGGAGGAGAAACUAGAUCCUCCCAUUCCAGACGACAAACUCAAUGUCAAUAGAUGGACUCUACGGAUGGUGGAGGAUGAGGAGGUUGACUACGAUUUCCCGGCACUGGAACGAAAUAAACCGAUUGUUGCUUUUACAACAGCGAAUAACCGAGCAGCCAGGUCAAGAUCAAAUUCCAAGCCUUACGAUGAAUUCGCUUUGGUCGAGGCAACUGAUGAACAAUUCCAAGAGAACCAGGCCAUUACUCCACAGUUUAAACAAGAAGCUGUCGCUUCUGCCAGCGACGAUGAUUUCAUGCCAAAGAAUACCCCUACAUUGUCCUCGUCCACGCCUCUGGCCGGCACACAGCCUCGCUUGAAUCCACUAUUGACAACAAUGUCUGCGCUCCGUUCCAAUGCAACUCUAGCAGAUUCGCCUGCAGUUGGGACUGUUGCUACACCCGCUGCAAGGAACAGUGUCAAAAAGCUUUUGCGGAUCCACAUACAUUCUGCAGACGCUGCUCCAGGUCAAAUGAUCACUUUGGAUGUCACGACAGACACGUACUUGGCUGAUGUACUGGAUGUUGUCUGUAAACGGAGACAACUGGACAAAGCUAAUCAUGUUUUGAAGUUGACAGGAACUGGCACUGUCGUACUCUUGGACCGUACAGUUGAAUCGAUUGGCAAUCGCACAGAACUCGAUCUGUACCGUCGCCGAUUUGCAACAGAUGGGCCAUUGACUAUGUCGGGAUCCCCGAGUAGCAGUUCGCCCAAGAUACCAAUGAUGACCGAGAGACCUGAUGUUCGAAAGAUCAGGAAGGGGCCCAUGAUGGGAAAUCAUCCACUUGCUCAAGAGGCAAUCAAGCAGGAUGAACUCGGAAGUGCGAAUUACAGGAAAUACACAGUGUGGCGGAAGCAGCCUAUGCGGUUCGUGGGAUUGAACGAGCGAAUAUUGGCAAUUGAUGGUGAAUAUUUGCAUAUCAUGCCUACAUCUACUGGGAAGACUAUGUUUGAAGGCCAGGGCAAAACGACCACAGUGCACUUUAGUAAAGUCGUUGGAUGCAAAGUCACGCGAAGGCAUCCGACGAACUUCAAGAUCGUGAUAUACAAAACGACAGAAACCAAACGAUAUGACUUCGAGGCCAAGAGUGCCGAUGAAGCAGCAGAGAUCGUCUUCGAAAUCAAGAAAGGCAUCUCGCCGUACCACAACAUAUGA